AUGCAGAGGAAACUGAGUCAUAUUCUCAGCAUUCCCAUGGAGAGUGCAUACCAACAGAAGAACCAAAUGAUGUUGCAAAAACCAUCGGCACUGAACUGCUGGAUAGAGGAUACUUGCAGUAUGGGUGUUCUCAUUAUCAACGCAGAUGCCAGAUUAGAGCACCGUGUUGCAAUGAAGUUUUUGACUGUCGUCACUGUCAUAACGAGGCUAAGAAUACCAUCAACAUCGAGCAGAAACUUAGACAUGAUAUCCCGCGCCAUCAGGUUCAACAGGUCAUAUGCUCACUGUGUGGCACUGAGCAAGAGGUUCGGCAAAUUUGCAUCAACUGUGGUGUAUGUAUGGGCAGAUAUUUCUGUGGAACUUGCAAGCUAUUUGAUGAUGAUACAUCUAAGAAGCAGUAUCAUUGCAAUGGCUGUGGCAUCUGCAGGAUUGGUGGCCAGGAGAAUUUUUUUCAUUGCUACAGAUGUCGUUAAGUCUUGA